AUGAAUCAGCAUACGAGUGAUUUUUUGGCCAAAAAACUCAGACAAAACUGGCUAACUCGCGCACAGGAGCUAAAGGCCAGCAAGGAUCAAGAUGACGAUGAUUCGCUGACAAAUCUCGCAUGGCUACAGAACAUUAACCUCACAAAAAUGGCCGUUCCUGGAACGCCGCUUUCCCCCUCGUGGCCCUGCUCUGACAACCUUUUGAAUGCAGAUACCAAUAUCAAGGAAGCUAGUCUCAAAAACUCUGGUGGCAGGGCAAUCCGGAACACACUGGAGUUGUACAGACAGCACUGCACAACCUGCUACCACUUUCCCAACACCCCCGCUCCAACCACGCAGACAUUUGUGACAAUGGCCUCCACGCCGGAGCAUACCUUCCCCGUUCAGGCGGCAGAGUCCGAUCUCCUUGAGCAGAGCCGACCAGUCGGUGCCCUGGAGGGUAAUUACCUUAAUGAACCAGCGAGCUUUGAACAGGAUCACAUACCG